CAUGUCAUCUCCUUGAUGUCGCCGCCAAACCCACCCCAGUUCGAGGGUGACGACGUCCCGUGGCCGGUGUCUGAACCUCUCCCUGGACCGGCCGCUUGCAAGUUCGCCAAGGACGAAAAGGACGCGGUGGAGGAAGACUCGUUAUCAGCGGAGGUGCCGACUCUGGACCGGAUGUUCGGCGAGGGCGGAUUCGCCUCACCUACGCCGCGAGCCGGACCGGAAGGUUCCACGAAUUUGGACUUCUGGGCUUCUGUGAUGACCACCUUUGACCCCAGCGAGACCCCACCGCCGGUGCACCGGAGCUGGCACGUGAUGUCCGACGAACCCCAGUACGGCAACCAGUUCGCAGACGGAACCGGGGACCCGAUGUCUAACUCGUACUCGAAUGUGACCCAGAGGAGUCCUGCGUUCCCGGGGGCGCCACCUCAGAGAGAGUGUGUGAUCUGCAGCGACAAGGCGUCGGGCUGUCACUACGGCGUGUUGACCUGCGGCAGCUGCAAGGUCUUCUUCAAGCGAGCGGUGGAAGGGCAUCACAUUUAUCUGUGCGCCGGACGGAAUGACUGCAUCGUGGACAAGAUUCGCAGGAAGAACUGCCCGGCGUGUCGCCUGCAGAAGUGCUACCAGGCCGGGAUGAUGCUGGGAGACAGGAGGAUGGAGCAGCCUGGGUCCCUGGAGGCCCUGGGUUUGCCCCCGCCCCCGGUGCGGCAGUCCCACUUGGCCAGGUCCAGUGAGGCUCAGGCUAGCAUCGGGGAGCUGCAGUUCUCGCAGCAGAUCAUCACCAUUCUAGCCAACAUCGAGCCAGGGAUGGUCUCGUCGGACAACGACGGCAGUCAGGCUGAGGUCCCUCAUCUGCUGCUCAGCUGCCUCAACCGCCUCUGUGAGAAGCAGCUGGUGUGGAUCGUCAAGUGGGCCAAGUCCCUGCCGGGCUUUCAGAAUCUCCACCUGGAGGACCAGAUGACCCUGAUCCAGUAUUCCUGGAUGAACCUGUGUGUCUUCUCUCUGGGCUGGCGCUCCUUCCAGAACGUCACCAAUGAAUUCCUCUACUUUGCCCCAGACCUGAUACUGAGCCAGGAGCAGAUGAGGAGGUCUUCCAUCUAUGAAGUGUGCUUGGCCAUCCAGUUCAUCCCUCAGGAGUUCACCAGCCUGCAGGUGACCACGGAGGAGUACCUCUGCAUGAAAGCCAUCAUCCUGCUCAACACAGUCCCGCUGGAGGGCCUGAAGAGUCAGCUCGCCUUCGAGGAGAUGAGGCAGACAUACAUCCACACGCUGAUCCAGACCACCUACAUGAAGGAGAGGGGCAUGGUCGCCAGCUCGCAGAGGUUCUUCCGCCUGACCAAACUGAUGGACUCCAUCCACGAGAUCGUGAAGAAGGCCAGCCUGUCCUGUCUGAGCGUUUUCAUCCAGGCCGAGGCCAUGCAGGUGGAGUUCCCAGAGAUGAUGAGGGAGGUCAUCACGUCGCAGCUGCUAAAAGUGGUGGCCGGCAUGGUGAAGCCACUACUCUUCCACUCCCCGCAGUGACGCUAGCCCUGCCUCAUCUGUGCGUUUCUUGCACUCCGAGGACAAGCUGGCGCUGGACUGUAGACCAGGAAGUGCAGUGAGAGUCGGGUGUUGCUGUGUCUGUGUGAGGCUGGAGAUCAGAUCUCUGUAGGUCCCUGGGUUACAGACAGUCCAGAACCGAGUGCCUUUAACCCUGCAGCUUCUUCAUUCUCGUCUGCGUGAAGAAGGGCGCCAGCUUCCCUUUGAUCUUUUCAGCUUCUGUGCAAUAAAGAUUGAGAAACAGCA